AUGAACAGCGGGAACUUUUCACUUCUGCAGAUGCCAUCCAUUAGUGACGGCCGCAGGAGCAAUGCUGACCUGCAACGGGGACGGGAGGAGGGCGAGAGCGCCCACGGGAGCCGCUGCAGCCAAUCCGCCCUGCACAGUUCAAGCCCUUGUCACGCCUGGCUGAAGAGAAAUGGGGCUGUGCAGAAGUGGCACGCAGCAUCCAAGCUGCGCAUCGAACACUGCCCGGAGCUGCUGCAGAGUGACCCCCAGGUCUGCUUCCCCCCCGAGGUGCUGUACCCCUGGGCAGGACUGUGCGCACAGCUGGGCUCCGGUUUCAUUUGUGCCUUCUUGGGCUGGACCGCCAUCAUCAUCAGCCCCGCCAUGCCCCAGUGGAAGAUGGCAUCCUACGCGGGGGACAACAUCGUCACGGCCCAGGCGCUGUACGAGGGGCUGUGGAUGUCGUGCGCCAUGCAGAGCACGGGGCAGAUCCAGUGCAAGGUGUACGACUCGCUGCUCAAGCUGGAGGGCAGUCUGCAGGCCACUCGGGCUUUGAUGGUGGCUGCGAUACUCCUGGGCCUUGUCGCGGUAUUCGUUGCUGUGACUGGCAUGAAAUGCAUGAAGUGCAUGGAAGACGACCAGGUGAAGAAGAUGCGGAUGGCCGUCUUCGGUGGGGUGAUCUUCAUCAUUGCAGGUUUGGCAGCGCUGGUGGCCACGUCGUGGUAUGGCAACAGAGUGGCUCGUGCCUUUUAUGACCCUUUCACCCCAGUCAACACCAGAUUUGAAUUUGGAUCAGCUCUCUUCAUAGGUUGGGCAGCUGCUUCUCUGGCCAUGCUGGGGGGGGCCUUCCUCUGCUGCUCCUGUCCACGGAGAGAAACUUCAUAUCCACCCACCCGAGGCUAUCCAAAAAAUGCUCCCUCCACAGGGAAGGAUUAUGUAUAAUGAAACAAAGAAGAGGAGCCACCAGCACUGGUCACGAAAGCAUUUUGGAGAGGACACUACAAUGCCACUGUCCUGAGCAGAAUUCAGACUCUAGGUUCUGCCUUCCUCUUCUCCCAGAAAUGUGUAUAUUUUUAUAAUCCUCUUUGCUACUGGACAUAACUUCUCCUUUCUCUCCCAGCCCGUGGAGGAAGGCUAGCCUAGGUUCAUAGGUAUUGCCACUGGAAAGAUGAAACCUCCAAGCUUGGGUUAAGUUUAGUAUUUGGGAGUAAAAGGGAAAAAAUGAUACUGUUUUUUUUAGAUGGAUGUUGGUGCUUUUUUUAGAUGUUUUUAAAAAAAAUAGAUGGUAACAAUUCAGUCCCAUACCUGAUUAAGUUAGAGCCCAGUGUGGUGUGUGUAGAAAUUAAAGAAACAUAUAUUAUAUACAAAGUGAUGAAACCAAUAGCUUAAGGGGAAACAUAAUUUUAGGGAAAAGACUUUACAUGUAGGAAUGUUUGAAGAGAUCUAAAAAUGCUCUUGUACUGUCUUAUU